AUGUAUCGUGCCUCAAAUACAAAUUGCUCAUCAAAAACCAACAAUAGUCUGGCUCAGAAUAACAUUAGUUGUUAUUUACAGAGUUCGAAUCGGCAAACUUCAUUUGCAACUCAAAAACUCUACAUACUGAAAAUGGAUCGAUAGACGAGAAUUUAGAAUACGAACUUGGAGAUGUGAAGUUUUACUUAUUUAAUAGGAAAGAUAUCACUGGUUCUGAUGCUUAUACGAUAAACCAUUCACAAAACAUCUCUUCUGUCUUUACGAACUUCAUUCAUGCAGCCAAAACAAAAAUUAUCGUUCAUGGAUGGAAAGGUUCUCUGAACAACCGCUUCAACGUAUUUAUGAAAAAAGCAUACCUCCCUCAAUACGAUUACAACAUCAUCAUCGUCGACUGGUCUGAAGCUGGAUCAUUACAGAAAUACUUUCGUGCUGUACAGUAUGUUCCUGGAGCUGCCGAAAAGUUGGCCAUCUUCAUCGAAAAGCUAUGUGCAGAGUUUAACCUCCGCCCGGCAGAUCUUCAUGUCCUCGGGCAUAGCCUGGGUGCGCAUGUUGCUGGUCUCAGCGGCAAGAAGCUAACCAUCGGAAAGUUAGGAAGGGUGACAGGACUAGAUCCAGCCAGACCAAGCUUCAGCUAUAAUCAUCCAGAGAAGAGGAUCAGUACUGAUUCAGGCCUCUUCGUGGACAUCAUUCAUACAAGCGGAGGAUACCUUGCGACUCCAUAUCGUAUCGGACACGCGGACUUCUUUCCUAACAACGGUCGUUGGAUACAGCCCGGAUGUGGAUUCGAUAUAAAAGGUAGCUGCAGUCACAGGAGAUCUUACAUGUAUUAUGCAGAGAGCAUAAAAAAUCCUCUUGCUUUCGUUGCUACGCCUUGCUUGGAAUGGAAGGUUUUCAAAGCUAAAGAGUGUGGGCAUGCUUAUGCUAAAGUAAACAUGGGCGAGUUCACGCCUAACUGGUAAGUAUUUUAGUCCAAACUAUUCUGAUUUAGUCUAAACUAAUUCUCUAUUUAUUGCUUUGCCAAUAAAUUUGUUAUUUAAAUUUAUUUAAAUAAGUAUUUGUUUACUUUAAUCCUUAGGUCAACAGUAAAUCAAACGUGACAGCUUGGUUGGAAAUAAUAAUUUCUCCCAUGAUGUUAUUCUGGUUUUAAAUGUUGGCUAGAGCAUCUUAGGUCCCAUCCUUUACACAGUAUAUACAGCU